AUGAAUCAAAAAUGUAAGACCAAAUGUCAAAGAUUAGACUUGGUUUUAGAUGGUGGUGUAUGCACUGGUGAGGUAACUGAAAUUUACGGUGAAAGUGGCGUGGGUAAAACACAAAUAUGCUUGCAGUUGGUAUUGAAUUGUACGUUGUUGCCGGAAGAUGGUGGCUUAUAUGGAUCCUCUAUUUACAUACAAGUGUGCCCAGUGUUUCUAGUGAACAUGCUUAGUCAGAUAAGUACACAUCUGUUACAACAUUGCGCCAUUGAUGAAAAUCCACUUAGUUUGGUUCAAGUGAAGAAGGUUGACAAUCCUCAACAAAUUCUUUUAGUGUUGAACCAAGUAGAGAAAAUGGUGUUGUACUCACAUGAAGGAUGUAGGCACACCAGGGUUGUCGUGCUUGAUUCUAUAGCACAUUUAUUCCGCGACGACCAUGACAACACAUCAAAGGGAUAUUACGAAUGGCAUCGAAUGUUAGUAGCCGUAGCUAGAAAAAUGAAACAAAUUGCUGAAAGUUACAACAUUGCACUCAUAGUCGUCAACGAGGUCACAGAUGUGUUUGACGCACCAUUUCGUUCGGGGAGCUCAUCCUUGCAAACCUAUACGUCGGGGCGGGAGGUUAAACCAUCCUUGGGGACUGCUUGGGGGUAA